UGAUUUCGAUACCCGAUGAUUUACUUUCCCUUCGAGGAGAAGAAUUGCAACGUUCGAAUCGAUUGAUUGUUUCGCAACAGGUCUGUCGCCCCUGGCGAUCAAUAAAGAAUUCAUCGUGACAAUACGUCUAAGUCUAUUCACCGUGAUUACUGUCGAGCGAUACUGGACAGGAGGAAACGUCACGAGUGCUCGGGAUUCCUCGUUUUGGGUCAUCGUUCGUUCCGAUUCUCAGAUACGUCCUGUUUCUAUCAUACUCGUUAUUAUCGUCCACCGGAUGCGCUUCCCCCUCGUUCUAAACGUGCUCAACACGUGUUACCCUUUUUUCACCGAGUCCGUUUACCGAUAAAGGACGCGGUAAAUUUUCGUUCGCCCAACGGACUAUGUAACAGUUUUAUUAAAAAAGCAUCAUGAAUUCUCUCUUUUCAGUCAUUAAACAAACAAGAGCGUAGUAGUGUUUUUUUUUUCGUUUAAUACUUUUCUGUACCGUCAUCCCUUCCUACUUCGUAUUUCCCGCUCCCCAGGAGUCGAGGUCCCGAUCGCGAUGUACCUUUGAACCCCCAGGUGUGCGAUUUUCGAUAUUGGUUUGAGGCAUUCGAUAGGAGCGGCUCGGUCCAUGACGUGACGUCACGGUGGCGGAGCGAGCAGUCGCAAAGCGAAAAGAGGGCCGUUGGUGGGGCGAGGAGAGGGAGAAAGAGAGAGGAUAGGUUCGGAUGGGUUUCGGCGUUGUUGCGACGCGAGGGGGCUGGUGCAUAGGGGACGGAAGAGGGAGAGAGACACGAGUCAGUGACGACCAGACAGGGGCAGGAGCUGAGUGCGAGCGAACGAGCGAGGACGGCCGUGCGCUCGCCUUUCGUCGGCGUUUCGUGUGGGUGCGCGGUGUGAGUGCGUGCGCGAGUGCGUGCUCACGAGAGUUGGUACUUUCGAUUUCCAGCGAUUGGCGAGCCUUUUGCUUCGCCGGCCACCACGCUGCACCAGGAAGCGGACACGAUAGUUAACCAUGGAGUGAAAUAGUACGUGUACGGUGCGCCGAGAGUUACAGCGUUCCCGUCCUGUCAGUUCUGCGCGCGGUGUGUACGGUACGAGUGCGUGUGUGUUCCUUGACGGAACAGGUGCCUUUUUCGAUUUUUUUUCUUUUUCUUUCGAUUACACGUCCCCGUCGAAUUUGACUCGCGGUUUCGUAUCGUAUCGACCCGCCGUAGAAUGACCGAUUUCGCGAUUCCCGGCGAGCGACCGUCCAACGAUCGCAUCAUUCCGUAUCACAAGAAACUCGAAAAAUGAGAUAAACGUGCGUUACGUUAACACCGCGCGCGUAUAUACGUUGCGUUGUAAACAUCGAUUUUCUUGCUAUCGGUUGGCAGCUGCUCGAAUCCGCGAUCGCGGGAUGAAUUCUCGUGCGAGCACGAUGGAAACCUUGCGUCGCGUCCAGGGCCGGCUUUAGGCGACAGAAUCGGUGAACGAACCGCGAGGGGAGGACUGCUCGUGGAGAAUCGGCCCCACGUUUGCGAACGCGCCCAUCGCGCGUCCAAGAUGGCUACCGCCAGCAACGCGACGGCCAGCGCCGGCGAAACGGGCGGCAACAACGUCGUGCCACAGUGGAAAAGGGACUUGAUUCAGCGACGCAGGCAACAGAACAAAGUUCUCGCGAGUAACGGAGCGAGCGUGAAGCUGUGCUCAGCGGUGAUCGGAUCGUCCGCGACCACGGAAUCGGUCGACACGUUCUGCGGUCAGGAGCAGUGCGGUACCGUGAAUUUAUCGUCUAGACAGCGUUCGACGUCCGUCGGAGAGGACACACGUGUCAACAGUGCCGCGAAUACCUCGUCCGGUAGCAUAAUCGGUGGCGGUGGAAGCGCCAUAGCCGGUGUCGUUGUGUCGUCUUCGCCGUUUUUCUCGAGAGGACCGGCCAGUGGCGCCACUGUCGCCAGCGGAGCAACCGCCGCUAAUAACCAAGCGUCGACAGUCGCGUGCAACAUGCGUCUCGAGGCGGAUCUAUCGCUCUGCUCUGACUCGGAGGAUGUCGCGAACGGGACGCUGAGCAAAUCCUCGACGACGGACAUGGAACGGAAAUCGGAACACGGUGACGCCUCCGAGAACGACGAUCCGAAAGGGGGCGAUCAAUUAACCGGAUUCGACGAACACCGAUCCACCUGUAGGAACAACAACAAGACGGAGAGAGUUCUGGCGGAGCUAUCGCUAUCAAAGAUGGAAAUGUCAAGGAACAGAGCGGGUAGCGAGGACGGGGAGAGCGAUAGCUCGGAGGAAUUACAGUACGGACCUGGAAUAGUGAACAAAUUGAAGAGUAAGUACCUUAACCUCGCGUUGAGGGAGAUGAACAAGAGUCGCAUGACAGUGCAACGUUUCCGACGCGCAGCGAGCCUCGAGGAUUUGCUCGACUGCGACGACGAGCCUGGCGAGAAGAGCGCGAGAAAGUACGCGAAACGAACGACGACCGGUACCAGCGCGAGAACCGAUCGGUACAGGAAUGCUUCGCGUGGCAAUGAAUCGAUGAAACGAGCGCGAAGCGUGGAGACUUUGAUGAGGUGCAACGGAACCGAGGAACCAGGGGCAGGUCAUGCCAGAUUGCCGACGAACGGGCUCAAGCAGGAAUUGGCCAACGAUCACAUCAUCCUUAUAGAUCGAACCACUGUAAAAAUCGAGAGCCGACUCGGCGAAUUGGACAGGCCAAAGCCAGUGAACAAGCCCAAGAGGAUCAAACCGUUGCUGGCGGAGACCGAGAGGCCCCCGCCGGAUCUAGUCAAGACCACCAUGAGGAUCUUCGAGGGCUCCGCGAAGAAGCUUCGACCUAGAGGCGAGGUCGCCGCCAAGGUCGCCACUUUCAAGACCAUCAACGAUACUUUUAAGGCUCAAGCGCAGAAGAAGGUCAUGGCGAAACCCCCCGUACAGCCGAAGCCUUUCGUCAACGGCAACACGAGGCCAGCUCUCAGCUCGCCGAAGAAGAUCGUCCUCCCUCAGAAACCUACCGCGGAGUUGAUCGAGACUCAGGUAGGCCAGGAAGAGUACCACAUAGACGGGGUGAUCACGGAUCCCAUCGUUCAGUCCGUGUCCUCUGUGGUCAGCAAGUUCCAGCAGAUCGAGAAGUCCCACUCGCCGUCGCCUUCGCCCGAGCCCUCCUUCAAGCUCAAGUUCUCCCCUGCGGCCAGUCCAGAACCCUCGCUGAGCAAAUUGAAAUCCUCCUUGGAGAUCAACGUCAAGUCGCCGCCCGUAACGCCCGUUCUCUCGCCUAGAAUACUCUCUCCGAGGCUGCAGAGUCCAUCUUCACCGAUGAAGGAUCCGGGCUUCAGACAGCACGUGCACAGCCCCCCGUCUCCCGCUAAAGACAGACAGAAUUCCAGUCCUGUUCACCACAAGCCAUCCUCGAGUCCCAGCAGGGAGUUGUUCAAGCAAAUGUCCUCUCCAGAACUGACGAAACCACCUCGACCGCCGACGGAAGACACGCCGAACAAUACCGAACAUCCUAGACAACAGGUGCCCGAGAGAAUACCUAGUCCAAUCAAUACAGAGACGAUCGACGAGCUAAUGUCGUCCACGGAGGAUGCUGUACUCCCCGAAGAUAAUAAUGAUGUUGUGCAGGAGGAAGAGGACGUGGAUGCACCGACUGCCAUUACGAAAACCAUUUCCAAAGCUGCCCUGGAGAAUAUCGCGAGAACCGGGGUCACCAUGCAGUUCAGUUUCAACGAUAAACCGAGUUUGGAGAAGAGCUAUCUGCCAGGGUAUAAACAAAACGGACAAAAGCCAGCAGAAGAGCAACCGUUGGAGGUUUGCGCCGAGACCAAGUCUGUGGAAUCCAGGGGCAAGUCGUUUUUGUCGGGGGAUGGUUCCGUGAACGGUGGCACGGAUCAGGAAGCUGUCUCCAGGUUGCAGGAGAGAUUAGAGCCGGAGGUGAGCUUGUCCAAGUGCGAUAGAAAGAUGGACGAGCACAAGGAAGAGGUCGAGGUUAAGCCAAACGUCGAGAGCAAACCUAUCGGUGCUAUCUGCAGCCUGGGACUGAUCAAGACCACGACCACCUCGUAUCCUCAGAGCAACGAGUCAAAGAUCAGGUGUCCGAAGAGUACCGAGUCUCCUCCUCAGAAGCAGAUCGGUAUCAUCAGGCCGCUGGUGUCCACGAAGACCCAACAUCUUCAGCAAAAUCUGAGCAAUAGAGAGCUGGAAAAGAAUCUUAUUAAUCGCGUGAAAAGCAUAGAGCAGCCUACUAAAGUAGUGGUCAGUUUGAAGAGCAGCGCCGACGAGAUUCAACCUCCGAAGAAAGCUGGCUCGGGGGGCGGUGGACUUUGGGAAACGAAGCCGUGGAAUCAACAAAACAACACCAUGGUGUUCAACUUCAGUAACCGAAAGGACGUGCCCGACUACAUAGAGAACGACGGACUUAUUAUCAAGAGGAAACGGGAGAAGACGAAGGUCGGCGAUGGAGGCAUCAUAGUUUUGGACGCGACGUUGGACGCGUCUACGACCGACGACGGUGAAUGGGAUCUUGCUGGUGGUCCACCCUCGCCAUGUGACGUGUCGUUUUUCAACGACAAUGUUCUCAUCAAUGGACGCAGCAACCUUUCCAGGACACCGCGGAAUCACAAGCAUCGAAUACAAUUUGAUGACACGGCAACCCGAACCUUCGAGUAUCCCAGCGAGGCAUCGAUGCUGGAGGACGAGAGCAGCGUGGAUGGCGAAACUUCCGGUUCCGUCGAGCAAUCAGCUCCGAUUAGCAAUAAAACGUCCUCGAGCAAUUCGCCGACAAGCAUGCCGACCCUUCUUGGUGGUGGAGGUCUAGCCAGUUACACCCCGAGCAAGGUGGAUCUGACGUCCGAGGGGUUCGAGCUGGGCGUGACGAGAGCCGUGUCUUCGAGUUCGACACCGUCGACGCCGUCGACGCCAGGCCAAUCGGAGAACGAAAUCUCCGACGUGGACUACUUGAAACCAGCUCAGGAUGCCGGCGCCUGGGGAUCCGAAACCACUGGCGACCUUCUCUACUGACCAGGCCAAAGUCCAAAUGAAGAUGUGUAAAACACGCUAGAUGCUCAAAGCGCGAGACUCUUCGAUCGGAGCCGAUCCCUAGAAUCGCCAAGUCCUGUGAACUGAAAAGACUAAUUUAAAAGUAUUCCACACCCCUCCCUUUUGUUUUUUCACGAGCAGGAAAGAAGUAAGAAGUCGUCGUGAAAGAAACGUCCAGAAACGAACAUUAUCGUUGGUCGAGAUAACAAAUUUUGUUUCUUUUUCUUGAAGAAAGAAGAAUGCAUUUUGAGAGAAGAGCGAUGUGUGUCUUAGAUAAGUAAGCGGAGGAGAAGCAAAGAGACAAGAUAAAACAAUAUCAUUCCAAGUAUAUGCAUUUAAUUUGUAUUAGUACGAUAACGAAACGAACGAGAGUUUCCUAAGUAACGUGUAAUUUAGAACUGCCAAGGUAUGUCAGUACUUUUCUUCUAUUCCUCUUUCUUCCUUGCAUGCGUGUUUCUCGUUUACGUAUUCAAACACUAAGAGAAACGUCGAGCCCGGUGAACGGCGAGAACGCUUAUGCAAGGGCGAACAGAAGAAAAAAGAAGACGUGAACCGAAAGCAUAUCACUUAUUUCUUUUGUUAUUUUUUUUUUUUUGGCGCAUUUUUACAACAACCAAGAAAGUCGACGAUGGAACUGAACGUUUUUGUAACCUUUUUGAGAUUACUUUAAUGCUAAGCCGUAAAAGCAUGUUCGAGCUGCCAGUCAAAGGCCAGGAAUUUAUGCAAGAUUUUUUAGAAAAACAAAAAUUAAAACGAAAAAAGAACGAUCGAGUGCAAGGGAAACAUCGAUCGAAGCAGAAAAAAGAAACGAAGUAGUAAACGAUUAACAGUCGAGUUUAGAUUUGUAAAAGUUUUUGCCAAAGUAGAACGUAAGUCUACUUAGUAUAUAUUUAAUGUAUAUGUACGGUAAGUCGACGUUUCAGUCCAAGAAUAAUUGUAACAAUUGUAAAUUCCAAAAAUUCCUUAUUUAUACUGAGGGUAUGUUAAACCAUACUAAUAUUUCUUACGGAUGCUCAAGGUUCGUUCAUACUUCAGUGUAAAUAUACAUAUUAAUAUUAUACAUACAUAUAUACAUAUAUAUAUAUACAUAUAUACGUUCUUGUUUCGUUGGGUUUGUUGCGCAUUUUUGUUUCUUACGUUUGGACGAGGACCAAAAAAAAAAAGAAAAAAAAACCAAUUAUUCUCAAAUGUUUCUUUGAAAAAACAUUGAUUUAUUGAUAAUUAAUGUUAAUUUUAAACGAAUCAAAUUUUGUACAUACUAAAUUAUUGUCAGUCUCAAAGUUUUUCGUUGAAAAAAAUUCUACGUGUACUUGUGUUUCUUCUUGUUGUCCGCAAUUACGUUCGAGGCAGUAACACGCGUCGUAAAAUUCAGAUUAUUACGUUGAAUCGCGUUUAAGUGAUUAACACGUUAAAUGCUGGCCUGGUCUCCACGGACUGUAGCUACAUUUUUUUGAUUAGGCUACGCCGUCAUUCCGAUCACUGAGUGCCCAAGGCUGAAAAAAAGCUGGGGAUAAUACAUCGUUAGACAAUCUACAUGUAAACAAUAGUAACAUAGCUGCUAGGUUACCAAACAAACGUUACAUGUAAUAUCUGCGAAAGAAACUCCCAUCUUUGUUUACAUUGUCUCGAUUCUGUGGGGACCUGCGUGGCGUUUAACGCAUUAAAGAGUAUGAUUGUGGCAGUAUGGGUAAUUGGAUUAGGAUUUAAUCGCGUGAUCGCGGACUGAUUCAAGGAAAAAAAAAACGUGCGAUAUGAUAAUAAUAACGAUUAAUGCACGAAAAAGGUGCAUUUAUACGCCGAACCAACUACUGUGUUCUAAUUUCCGUCGCUGUAUUUAAAUGCUAUUCCGGCUAUAACUACUCGCGUGUCCCGGCGACAUAAUGUCGCUUUCCAUUUAAUUCCACGUUAUCGUUCAAUCGAUGCUUGAUGGGUCUGUGUCACAGCGUUGCAUUUUACACUGUGAUAUUUUUUAAUUAUUUCUUUUUUUCCUAGUAUCGAUAUGAUUAUAUGAUUGCUUCCCAAUUUUUUAAGGAACAAUACCGCGUCGACCGGCUCAGUUUGUAUUUUCUACAGUAUACUGUGUACGGAGCGAACGAGAUUACGAUCGCAGAACAUUCCGAAUCGAGACGUUGCACUGUUUAGUUUUUAUUCCCAUCGGUCGAUCGUUCAAAUACAUCGAUACGUAAUCUCGGUGCUCCGGUUGAGGGAACUCCGUAUUAAUUUUGUAAAUUAUCGCUGUACAGUAUGGAAAGGCAUCGUCAUACGAGUAAAAGGAUUAAAGAGAAAA